ACUGUACCUCUUAAUAGAAACAAAAGACGAAGAUCAAACCGAAUAAAUUCAGCAGAUGAAUUGAUUGCCUCAGAAAAGCAAUCUAAAGAAUACUGCAAAUCUGAAGUUACAUUUGAGAAAUAUAAAGCAAAAGCCGUGACUAAUUCUACAGAAACUGACAUACCUGUUUGUGAACUUGCUGAUCCAAAUGGAGUCCUUUUUUCCCCUAUUUAUUGUCUCUUGGAUGAAGAAACAGCUGGAAAUACUGCAAAUAUUCAAUCUGAUGCAAAUCAAAAGCUGAUUUGUAACUCCACAUUACCAUAUGCAGCUGAAUUUCCAACUGCUGAAGAAGCAGAAGUGGCUGAAGAUUGGGAUAACACAUUUGAUCCUUACUUUUUCAUUAAACAUUUACCCCCUCUAACAUCAGAGAUGAGAGCCAGAGGGCCAGCUUUGCCUCUGAAAACUCGAAGUAGCCCUGAAUUUACUCUUGUUCUAGAUUUGGAUGAGACUUUAGUUCAUUGCAGUUUAGAAAAAUUAGAAGAUGCGUCAUUCUCUUUUCCUGUUUUGUUCCAAGAAAGCGAAUACCAGGUUUAUGUUCGGACCCGUCCUUUUAUUGUUGAAUUUUUGGAAAGGGUUUCUAAGUUGUUUGAAAUUAUAAUAUUUACUGCUUCAAAAAAAGUUUAUGCUCAGCAUCUUCUAAAUCUUUUGGAUCCUAAGCGGAAACUUAUUAAGUAUCGGUUGUACAGGGAACAUUGUGUUUGCAUUGCUGGAAAUUAUAUCAAAGAUCUUACUGUUUUGGGUAGAGAUCUGGCUAAAACAAUCAUCAUUGAUAAUUCUCCACAAGCAUUUGGUUACCAACUAGAGAAUGGCAUACCUAUUGAAAGUUGGUUUGCGGACAAAGGUGAUAAUGAAUUAAUGAAGCUUGUUCCAUUUUUGGAAAGUCUAGCAUUUAUGAAUGAAGACGUUCGACCCCACAUUCGACGAAAAUACCACCUUUCCAGUUUUUUGCCUCCAGAUUAAAUUAAACUUGUUUACUCUCAUUAUGUAUCUCAUUAAGUCAUUUUUAUAUUCGACUUUUUGUACAAAAAUCAUUAGUGCAUUGUAAAUAUCCCUGUUACACUUCUCAUUGCAUAUAUUUUUAAAAAUUCACUUUGUGUACAUAUCUUUUAGCUGAAAUCGCUUAUCUGACCAUAUGUUCUUGAGCAUUGCAGAGAUAAUUGUUGUUUAGUUUAGAUAAUAAUGAGAGUUUUAAAGAUUGUUAUUGAUAUAAGUUUUAAAGCAAAUAUUAGUCAAUUCAAUAAUGUAUUUGUCUUGUCAAUUUUUUUGGUUCAGUAGCAAUGUUUUUAAAAUCUGUUAAGUUUUUUCUUUAUCGCAAGAAUUACUGUGUAUUGUGUAAUAUCAGCAUUCAACAAGAGUUUUGUUUUUAAACAGAAACUUUUAAUACUAUUCGUGUUUUGAGAAAGAGUAAUUCACCUUUAAUUUCUUUUUAAUUCUAAAAUGUUUCCAAUUGCAUUUGCUUCAUAUCACCAUUAUUUAAUACAUUUUUUGUUAAAAAAUUAUUUGAUUAAAAACUUUAGUAAAUUUUUAUGAUACUGAAAUAUUUUAGAGAAGAACUAAAUCAAGCAAACAAUCAAGCAAAUUCAAAGUAAUAUGUAAAUCUGAAUCUUUGUUUAUAUCCUAAUUUCAAAUUUUGUCCAUUUAAGUAUAUUUUACAUAAUCAGUAUUGAAUAUAAUAUUGGAAGUUUUUUAUUUUUCAAUAAAAAAAAUUUUACUGAAAAAAAAGAUGAAUAGAUUUCUGAUUAAAAUUUUUCCGAUUGUUUCUUUAUGAUAGUAUUAUUUCAAAUACUUUCAAUGCUCAUUAAAAAAUUUUAAGAACUUAACAAGAUUCUUUCAAUAUUCAAACAUUUGCUUGAUCAGUACAGAGCCUAUUAUUUACUAUUCUAAAAUCUGGAGUGAUCAAAAAUCCAUGCUGCUAAUUUAAAUUGCUAAAGAAACUCAAAAGAUAAGUUUCUGUUUAAUUAAAAGACAACAGUAUCAAAAAAUUAGAAUAAAUUAUAUGAAAACUGUAUGAACUGAAACUGAAAAAUUAUAUGAAAUAUAUUUUUUAUUUAUUUGACUCCUUUCUGAUUUUUCUUAUGUAUAGAUUGUGUUAAUUGAUCUUAUAUUUCAAACGAUGUGAUGCAUAAUUUCCUUAUUUAUUGCUUUCUAAUAGCAUUCUAUAAUUCUAAUUUUAUUUUCUUUGGUAAGAAGCAUUUGUUAAUUAAUUAUGACAGCACUCUAAUGCAGUUUUAAGAAAUUUGAGAUGAAAAAUGAUUCCAGUCUUAUGUUUCUGCAUAACUGGUUUUUAACUAUAAAUAAUAAUUGCUAUAGUUUAUUUAUAGUUAUUUAUGUGAUGUGUGUAGAAUGUAGAAAAAGUUAAAAGAAAUCUAUUGUUUUCUAGUGAUUGCGUAAUAGUAAGUAGUAAUGUUAAGCGUGUCAGUUAGUGGUGUUAAUGUUGAUUAUGGCUGUUAACAGCAUAUUUUUCAUUUGUUACUAAUUAUUUAAAAUUUUGAACCAUUAUUUAAAAUAUUUUGACUGUUUUCAUAUAUCUUAACUACUUAAAUAUUUUUAACCCCUGCAUUCACUAUGUACAAAUACUAUUGCAUUCAUUUGUAAGGUACAAUCAAAGAAAGAAAAAAAAAAGAACUUAUUAACUUUUGAUGCAAUUAUCAAAUUUUUACCAGUGAUUGAAUAUGUAUUUUCAAACGCAUAAUUUACAUCAUGUUUUGUACAUUAUUAUUAUUAUGUAGUUAUUAAUACCAAAAAUGCAUUUUUUAAACAUGAAUUAAACUACUGGACCUAUAGCUCCAGAGGCAAUAAUUUUAAAAAUUAUUAUUUAUUAAUUAAGUGUUGUUUUUUUAAAAUUAUUUCAAAUUUUUUUUUUAGAUUUCAAAGUGAAGUUUUUGAAAUUAGGCAAUUUAACAUUACAUAAAAAUUAUUAGACUUCAACCUGGUAAGUCUAAGAUCAAUAAAGUCAUAAAGAUCAGUAAACCACUAACAUUUAUCAACUAGCUUUGACACAAAUUAAACAGCUACAACAUUGCAAUUAUUUUUAUGAGAGGAGGUUAUAGAUUUUUUAAUUGUUAAAAAAUUAAAUUCAAUGAAAGUCGGAAGUCUUUUUAUUUUUGAUGAGAAAAUUGGUUGUUGUAUUUUUGUUUUAUCAAAGAUUCUAUAUCAAGAUUUGUAAAAUAUCUUCCUAAUGCUGAUCUGUAAGAUGCGUUCUUGUUUUUGACUUAAUGUUUUUCAUUUGACUAAACAACUAUUCACAUAUGAGGAUACUUUCAGAAAUAGAAGACAUGAGCAGUGCAUGUUUAAUAAAUUAUUUCUAGAUACUUGUGUUUGGACACAUACUUUGAAUAAAAUUCAAUUAAUGAAAGAAUUUCAAGAGUCAUUUUAUUGCACAGCCACAUUGCAAAUCUACAAAUUCUAAUUAAAGUUCAGGCAGAACACUAUUAAUGCUUACCAAGAAUGAUGAGAAUAUAUUCAUGAAAAUGUCCUUAAAGGGGAAGUCAGAAAAUCUGAUUUUGAACUCUUCCAGAUUUGAAAUGCACUGUACAUAAUUGUCUGUGUUCCAUGUUGCAUUUUUUCAAUGCCUCAAUUUGCAAAAGUGAAUUGAAAUUUUUUCUAAUAGCAAUAAUUAUUUCACAAACUCAUAAAGAUUAUGAAUAAGUCUGGCUUUCUUCAGUCAACUGUAGUUUGGAUCAGUGAGAUGACCUGUAAUAUCAGCAAGGAAUGCAAAAUCUCUUAACUGCUUCACAUAAUUGAAAUUUUGUUUGGAUUUCAUGAAUAACUGAACUUUAACCUUCAAUGAAAAUAGGCACAGAAGUGUCUUCCCUCGACUCAACUAACAUACUUCAGUGUGAUACACAACCUCAAUAUGUUCAGCUUCUAAAUCGCUCAAGAGCUGUUGAAAUUGCCUGAGAUUAAGGCCUUCAGACCAUCUAAAAUUAGCUACUUUUACAGCAUCAGUUAUCAAAUGCUCAAAGUUUGAGAAAGGCAUCUUGCACAAAUUUCCUUGGUGGAUGAUACAGUGAAAAAUCAUCAUAGCCUUAUUUCCACAUGCCAUCACAUCAGAUUUGAGUAAUGGCUCCUGUCUUCCGUCCAGUCAUAUAAGGAGCAUCAUGUGUGCUUAUGGCAGAUAUUUUAUACAAGUUUCGCUGAUAUUUGGCCUAAGCUUCUGACAAACUUGAAUAAAAAUCUGAUCCCCAAAGUGCAAUAACACUAGCUCAUUCCUCUACAAUUAAGAAGCUUUCAGCAAUACCACCAAUAAAAAUUGCUACUUGUGCUAUAUCCAUUGCAUCUGUUAAUUCAUGCAUCGAUACAGAAUGAAACGCAAAGUCUUUGCAUUUCGAUUUUAACUAACUGAAUAUAUCUGCCACCACCAGAUCUUCCAUUUGUCUUGCUACUGUCACACAAGGCAAGCUUAAGUUCAAAAUGGCUUGAUUCAGGGAUAGAUGAAGCACAUCAACUGCACAGUGAAGACAUUCUUUUACAAACUCUCUGUCUAUAGAGGGUUUUCCCUGGUUAGAAAUUUUUUCUGUUAUUAUGUAGCUUACGCGAACACUAUUUUCAGAUUCUCUAAUUACUCUGAAGAAAAAUUACUGCUGGCUAUUUAGUUUUGAUUUUAGUUUACUGAAUUUUCCGAUGCAGAAUAUUUACCUCUGUGCUUAGUUAAGUAAAGUUUUGUAAUGUUAUACUCUUUCAUCACUGCAACACUCGCGUUGCAAAUAAGGUAAACUGCCCUACCUCUAUGCUUACAGAAAAGUAAACAGAUGUCCACUUUUCUUUUAAAAAUCUCAUUUUUUCUUCAACUUUUCUCUUUUUUAUUAUCAUGACUAGCCAGUGUGUACUCGUUCAAAAACCAAACACUUUCGAAUUCAGAAACUGAAGGAAAUAUUAGUAAACCUAGCUUUAUUAAUGCACAAGCUCUUUAUCGUCAAACAAUCAUUGUAUUUAUAUCCACAUGUUUCUUCGUCUACUAAUAGUAACUUUUGACCAAAUUUUACUUCAUUAAUUUCUUCCCUCUCUUUUCCUAGUCUGAUUCAAGGAUGUCUCCAGUCUGAUAAAAAAAGUUUCUCUCUUCUUCCUAUUUUUUUUUUCUACCGCAGGUAUGACUGUGAAGUUCUUUCAAUUUAUUUUACAUUUCCUACAAAAAAGUUUUUCUUCCCACACAUUAAAGAUCCCUGCUUUAUAGUGUUGAAAAAAGAUUUUUGAUCAUGGUUUAGGUUCACAAGCUUUUUGCAUGUCAGGUGAGGCAGAGAAUGUAGAAUUCUGCUAUGGUCAAAAUUUGUCAAGAAAAUUAACAAUUUAAAUCAAAUUAUUGAAAAUGAUACUUUUACAGGAAAUAAAUUUUAGGUAAAUAUGUUUUAUAAUUCUGUGUAAUAAUUUUAUUGUACGCAAGUGCUUAAAAAAAGUAAUAAUGAGUUUUAACAUAUGACUGCCAUUUUAGCUAAACUACAAGUAUUGUCUUUCAAUUCGCUCCCCUAUCUUGAAGGUCAAAAAUUCAAAUCCCUAAAAAAAGAGGCACAUCUAUUCAAAUGAAAGCAUCUUUUUGGAACUGAAUUUGUUACUGAUAUAAAAAUUAGUAUCAAUUAAUUUACAUAUUUAAGCUUAUUCAUUCUACCAUAAGGAUAGAAUUAGUUAUAUUUUUAAUUACUGUGAUACUAAUUUCUGUUUUAAAAAUUAUAGCUUUGGUAGUUGCACAUGAUUUUUUUUCAACAGUUUUGAAUGUACACGUUUUUAUAUCUCUAUAAAUUUAAUUGAUAAGUUUUGUUAGUGAUUAUAUUGCAAUAUUAAAAUUCUGUAUCUAAGUGUCAUUUUUUAAAUCUUUUCUUUAUUAAAUCAAUUUAAUUUAAAACUGCUUAACUGUAUUAUCCUAUGUCGCAAUUGUAGGCCAAUAAUGACAGGAAUGCUUGAUUUGUUUUUCUUCUAGUUCUUAUUUUUCUGAUUACUAAAGGUUCUGUAUAAUUUAGACUUGAAAGAUGGAGUAAUAGAGAUAUACUCAUUAAGCAUCGAAAUUUUUUCAUAGAUAAUAUAAACAAAGUGACUGAAGGGGUUAUUUUUUAGCUAAAGAUUUUGUGCAAACAAUUGUCAUAAUAAGUGCAUUAUUGUAUAUAUAUGGUUUAGGGCUCAAGUUUUGAAUUGUAGCAUUUUUUAAGCUGCAAGUCUGAUUUAAGACUUUAUUAUUAUUAUUAAACUGUCUCCCUUAUAAUAGGCUUUAAAUUUUGGUCUCAAAAUGGUGUAAAGUAGAAAUUUAUAAUAAUAAUUAAUGUUUAAAGCCAAUCUUUGUAAAUUUUUAAAAGUUACUGUAAAACAACAAAUUAAAAACACUGAAAUAAGCAAAAAUGAAGCCAAUUUUUUAAUUAUCCAAAAGAAGCUCCCUUAAAUAUUAAUUUGUGUAUGCUUUUUGAAUACUUCAUUCCUAGUAAGGAUUUUAGGCAGUGAUUAUGGAAUCCCUUAGUUUGAACUCUGUACUAUGUUUUGGAACAAAUUUGCAAUAACGAUUACACUCAAAAUUUGAGCCAAUUUUCUCUAUUAUAUACAUGUUCAGUUAUUAAUUUGUUUUGACUGAAAUCAGUUUACUCAAAUGAUUCCAACAUUUUUUGGCUUUCGUUGGUUCAGACAUAUAUAUAUGUGUUCAAUGCAUUGCAUAUUUUGAUCAUCUACAAAUAUGGAAAGAAAUAAGAAGUAAUGAAAACUGUGUUGAAAAAAAUAAAGUCUUCGGUUUUUGUUGAAA